AUGAGGAUUGCAAAUGUGGCAGCGUUCGUGAAUGGCAAAGUCUACAACGACCCAAAGCUUGCCACAGCCGGUGACUUCUUCUUUUCUGGCCUCUUGACUCCUCAAAACACAUCAAACCCAGUUGGGUCGAAGGUCACUCCCGUAAACAUUAUGCAAAUAUUAGGUCUCAAUACUCUCAGCAUUUCCUUAGCUCACAUUAACUUUGCACCUUAUGGCCUCAACCCACCCCACACGCACCCUCAUGCAACUAAGGGUCUUAUUCACUUUCAAUUUAAUAAUAAAAAGACUAAUGAGGUAGCUCUUGCUGCCCUAAGUAGCCAAAAUCCAAGAACUAUUACUGUUGCUAAUGCGAUGUUCGAGUCAAAUCCAAGGAUUUUUUAUGAUGUUCUUGCUGAGGCAUUCCAAGUUGACAAGAAGGUGGUAGACUAUCUUCAAGCUCAAUUUUGGUGGCCCGACAACUAG